CCGACACGACCAGACGCACAAAAGACCCCCACGAGAAUUCAAUUCAAUUCAACUCAAUUCAAUUCUUCCCCCUCCAUCCAUCCCACAAGCACCGCACUUCCAAACCACAACUCUCUUCGGAACGGAAGACCGUASCAUGACGCCCGCCGCGGCGCUGACCGACGUGGACCCAAACACCAUUGCUUUUGCGAGGUCCCCGGACCCGGGCAUGGGGCCUUCCAAGCCAGCGGGAGGCCCGGGGGCCGGGCGCACGAGGGGCGCCGACAAGGGCGGCUGCUGCGCCCUGGGGCUCCGCCGGAGGGUCCUCCCSCAAGGGGGAAGGGGCCCGGCCCUUCCGGAAGGCCCCCCCAUCUCCCUCUGCGAGGGCAUGCACCUCGGGCGGACCCCCACGGGGAUGCGCAGGGCCAUGGCCUCUCUCAAGCCCCUGGACCAGACCUGGACGGCCCGCGACGUGGAGGCCUUCCGGAAGGGCUUYKCCAGACACGCCAGGUCGUACGCCCUGCUGGGCAUCGGGUGCGACGAACCCAUCGGAAGCGGGAGCACCAGCAACAGCGGGAGCACCGGCUCUGGGACCACCGGCUCUGGCAGCACCASCUCGGCCUUCCCCUCCCGGAGCGUCGUCAUGGCCAUCUCCCGCAAGCUCCUCUCGGUGGAGGCCUCCUCCCCCGACAGCCUGACGCUCCGGCGGUGCCCGGAGGCCUCUACCACCGAGAGCGGGAACCUUGCCAAGCCGGUCCCCGUUGCGGUAGAGCGGAAGAGCGGAGGGGCCCCCACCGACGUUCCUCCUUCGUCGGAGGUCACGCUCUUCGAGGGGGACGUCCUGUCGAUCCACGGGGACGCCUUUUCCUACCAGGUGGUCCGCUGGGGAACGGCUGGCGCAGCGACAAAGCCCUCCUCCCGGUCCCCAACCCGGACCGAAAGCAGGAGUCCGGGGCUUGGCCGGACCGGGAGAUCCUCGCUGGCGGAUCGAACGGUGUGCCUGGAGGACCCCGCCACGCCAGGAGCAGAAACAGAAACAGAAGCAGAAGCAGCAGGAGAAGCAGAAGCAGAAGCAGAAGCACCAUCACUACCAGCAGCAUCCACGUCGGAACCGACACCGAUUCAAACCCCGGAAUGCGGAACCGAGACCGAUCGGAUCAUGUCGCUCAUGGACUCUUCCAGCGACAGCAGCGAUGCAAAUGACAAUGCGAAUGGCAAUCAGACCGAUCGGAUCAUGUCGCUCCUGGACUCUGCCAGCGACGGCAGCGAUGCCAAUGACAAUGACAAUGCAAAUGGCAAUGGCAAUGGCAAUGGGAGCGGUGCAGGAACAGGAACAGAAUCACCAUCAAAAUCACCAGAAGCCAAAGCCAAAGCCAAAGMACCAUCAUCGGCAGCCGAAGCAUCACCACCUGCAGCAGAAUCAGCAGCAGAAGCACCAUCACAACCAGGAUCAUCAACAUCAAAAACGUCACCGAUUCGAACCCCGGAAUGCGGAACCGAGACCAAUCGGAUCAUGUCGCUCCUAGACUCUCCCACCGAUGGCAGCGGUGUCGUUCUCCGCAGGAGCAGCAGGAGAGUCAAAAAGAAGACCCCCUGGACGCAAGAUGAACCAAAAGUCACCACCAAGCCCGAGGCGGCAUUGGGCAGCAGCGGCGGCAACGACACGGAAACUCCUUGCAGCAGUACUGCCAGCAGCCUGACCAACCGGCUCAAGCUGGGACCCAAGAUUCGUAGCAUUGUUCUCAUGGACGAAAACAACAACGAAACCGAAGAGGUCUUCAAGCCAGCRGCACUGCCGACAACAACCAAGGCAAAGGCGGCACCGAGGGGACAAGCGUCCGGGUCCGGCCGGAAGCUCCCUCCCGUCCCGCUCGUGUCCCCCCUCGAGAAGUUCUGGGAUUCGUCCUGGAGCGGCUCGCGGGCCAAGGCCACGGGGCAACCGCCACCGCAAAAGAGGCCGAGGCUCUCGGGGGUAGGCGAGGCUCCCGCCGCCGCUGUGCCUCCCCCGGGUCCCCCCCGUGACAUGAGCGUCUCCCUCUCGAGCGUCUUCUGGAAGUCGAUCAACUCCUCCCGCCCGCGCGAAGGUGCCCUCUACCUCCACACCGCCAUGGUAGCUACCCAAACGAUCCCAUCGGCCGAGCUCUGCAAGCAGUGGUUGGAGCUUCUGACGUGGGGGCCCCAGAGGACYCACCRGAGGCCCAGCACCGGCCGGAGCAAACAACCCCUCAAGGGAUUCUUCUGGGACGGACCCCGGAUGGACCACUCCCUCGCCGCAUGGAAGAAGGCUCUCUCCAUGCACCCCUCGGUCCUCCUCCCCCGCAUGCUCACCAACGCCCCCGGGGGGGCUGCCGACUGGUGGAAGACCUGCCUCGAGCACGACGACCUAGAGGCACGGGCCCUCGAAUCGGGGGACGAACCCGAACCACCACAAGAAUCCGCUGCCGAGAAAUGCCGGAGGGAAACCGGCAUGCUGCGGAUGCGGUCGUUGCGCAUCGAGGUCCUCGUUGUUCUCCUGAGGACGAGCCUCGCCCUCGAGAAGGAAGGAGAGCGGGCAAGGGACCGGGCCGGCACGAAUCUUCGCGGUGCCGAGGACCACGACGGCAGAAGCACCAGCAGCGCCGAUAGUGGCACCGACAGCGACAGCGAGAGCGACGGGGAGCCAGAAGAACCGGAGCGGGCACAAGUCCUUCCGGUCACCCCGGCCCUUUUGUCCGAGAUCCGGGGGUUUGGGUCCAGGGCGGCCCUAGGGGUCGCUGCGCGGGCCAUGGCGAGGUUCCGGGUGGCCGAAAAGGAGUCCCUCGGGUACCACGGCGACGACUCCGGCGGCGGGUCCAGCGGAACCCCUGCUUCCACGGCGCUCUUCCUGCUCCAGCGGGACCGAUCCUCCGCGGUGCAGGCGGUGGCAUCGGGYAUGGCGGACGCCCUCGGCUGGAUGGCCAGGGCGGCAUCCGCCGGGGACGAGGACGGCCAUCCCUGCCGCCGCCGCMGCAGGCGGCGCAGGGGCCGGAAGGCCACCCCCGGUUCGUCUUUCGGAACGGACCGGGACGACGCGGGAGACGCAGUGUGGACCGCCAUGGACCACGAGGUCCGCAGGGGCCUCCCCCGCCGGAGCAAGAAGAGCCGGGGGGCAAAAGCCAACCCCAGCUGCUGCACCCCGGAAGACUCCUUUCUGCUGGAGUGGCUCCUGGCCCUCCGCGGACCCCUGGGGACCAAGGCAACCGCCGGGCUCUCGGAGCGCCUCGGCCUGGCAAGGGACUUUGCUGCCCUGGCGAUGAUCUAGCGGGGUACGGUACCGCGAGGGGAUCCUUCCAGGGACGAAAGGCUUGCAUGCAAACACCGCUCGGAGCGGCAACCGUGGCAACCACAGCGGAGCCGAUGGACGGCUCCAAGCUGGUGAUGAAGAAGACAAAAACGCGAAACACAAGAUGAAUAGAAUUGUUUUAAAAAA